AUUCAUUUUUGUUUUCAGAACUUUUGCUCGGCUCCAUCUAUUUAUUUCUGCACCCUUUGCGAGGGCAACAGAGCUUCGUCAGAGCAACUCCAUUGUCUAUUGAUCCAACCCCACCUGAUAGCUGAAGACUACUGCCACUACCACUAGCUAGCAAGGUCUCUUUUCCAGCAGAAGCUAUCUUAUCUGGUGGAGGUUGAGAGUGAAGUUCAAGUUUCUGAUCAAGAUGGCAGCAUUACGGCAUGUUGUUCCACCAUUGGCGACAGUGGCCCUGAUAUACAUGCAUAUAUUGAUAUGUACUGGAUUACAGAGCCCAGUUCAUGGCUUUCAGCUUCCAGUGCCAGCGGGUUCAGUGUCAAGCAGGCAUAGCAGAAGGCAGUGGAAUUAUCAAGCCAAUGUGAUUGAUACUUCAAGACCAACAAGGAGAUCGUCACAAGUGGCAGUGCUGCAUCAGAGUAGCACUAGCAACAGCAAUAGCAACGGCAACCGACCGCCCAGCAAACGACGACGUGCGGUUCUCAAAGUGAAGAAUCUGAUUACUGGGGUUCAACGAGGCACGGUAACAUUUGCAACUACCCUUUUGGGCAAAUUCAAACGGUUGUCCAAGAAGUCCAAAGUUUUAGUUUGUGCCUACAUGCUCGUUGUAUCGCUCAUCUUGGGCAGUGUGGGCAGAUCGGUCUAUCUCAAGAGAACCUCUCCGGAUUUCCCCAUGAAUCCCAAACGACCCAUUGAAAUCACAUACAGUUCCUUUAUGGAUCUCGUUGAACAGCAGCAACAGCAACAACCUGUACAACCACAAUCAUCAUCAUCACCGUCCAUUCAGUCACUCACCAGAGCUGCCACGAAACAGCCAGAAUCAUCAACAUCACAGUCAUCGACAAUUCCCAAAGUCGACAAGGUCAAAAUUGCCGCCGAUCGAAUAUCCUUUCGAUUGUCCAAACCCGACAACGAAGGAGGCACCAAGUACCUCACGGCAUACACGCGCAAACCACCGGCAUCCCCCGAAUUAUUGGGGUAUCUGCGCCAACACAAUCUCGAUUUUACCGCUGCCAGUGUCCAACGCAACGUUAUUAUGGUCUAUACGCUACGGUCGUGUUUGUUUACGCUCUAUGGACUCUUUUUAUGGCGCAUGUAUCAGACCAUGCGCAGUAAUUCGGGACAAUCCUCGUCGGAUGUACCCGGGAAACUACUGCAACAAAGUGAACGACCAUUGGCAUCCUUUACCGACAUUCAAGGCAUUGACGAUGCCAAAAAUGAAGUCAUGGAAUUGGUCGAUACGCUACGCAAUCCCAGCAAGUAUGCCAUUUUGGGAGCCCGGGCACCCACGGGACUUUUAUUGGAAGGACCACCCGGAACGGGAAAGACCAUGUUGGCUCGUGCCACGGCUGCCACGGCGGGUGUCCCGUUGCUCUAUUGUUCGGGCAGCGACUUUAUUGAACUCUACGUGGGCCGUGGAGCGGGACGGGUCCGACGUAUGUUCGAACGAGCCAUCAAACUGGCACCCUGCAUCAUUUUCAUUGACGAAUUGGAUACAUUGGGCAAAGCACGAGAUUCUGGAAGCAAUGGACUACUGGGUGGCAUGCCCAGUCGCGCCAAUGACGAAGCCGAACAAACACUCAACCAACUACUCUCGUGUAUGGAUGGAUUGGAUUCCAGUCGACGUAUUUGCGUACUUGCGGCUACCAAUCGCAAAGAUGUACUCGAUCAGGCACUGAUACGACCCGGUCGGUUCGAUCGUAUCGUGACACUGCGACUUCCCAAUGCCCAAGGACGAGAGAAUAUAUUACGCGUGCAUGCCAAUAAACUGCCAGGAUUUGAAGAAUGCAAUGGAGUGGAUCCCGAUCGAGCCAAUGCGUUGGGCAAAGGCAAGACAAUUGACUUGAGUGCCGUGGCGGCCAUUACGGAUGGAUUGAGUGGUGCCGAAUUGGAAUUCAUAGUCAAUGAAGCCGCCAUUCGAGCGGUGCGACGGGUCAGUGGUGCAUUGCGACAGGGCGCCAACCCCGAGACACUGGUCUCUCAUGUGGAUGCCUCCGAUUUUGAAGCCAGUGUGGCCAACUUUUUUGCCACGCGACGCAAAGGCGGCAACAACAAUCCAGCGGGGGAUGUGUGGAAAAAUAUGUUUCAAUCGUAGCUAUCCUAUGGCUGCAUAUUAUGUUGUUUAUCUUGAUGGACCAAACCGGCAGAGAUGUCAGCCGAAACACAGCAAGUAUGAUUAUAUAUGAGGAAGAGGCUUGACUGGCUACAGUGUAUCAUUUGCAUGCAGAAAUACAUAGUAAAAAAGGUCUUUUCCUUCUGCU